AUGGUUCACGUCCUAGUCACUGGUGGUGUCGGCUUCAUCGGUAGCCACACCGUGCUUGCUCUGCUGGAGGAGGGCCAUAGCGUGGUGAUCGUGGACGACCUCUCCAACUCUUUUCCCCGUGUGUUUGAGCACAUGAAGAAGCUGGCAGGCGACAAGAAGGACAAGAUGAAGUUCGAGCAGGCGGAUGUAGGGGACAAGGAGGCGCUGGACAGGAUCUUUGCCGCUGAGAAGCCUGAGGCCGUGAUCCACUUUGCCGGCUCCAAGGCCGUGGGGGAGAGCAUUGAGCUGCCCCUCAAGUACUACAGGAACAACAUGGUGGCCAGCAUUGUGCUGCUGGAGGUGAUGCAGAAGCACAACUGCAAGCUGCUGGUUUUUAGCAGCAGCGCGACCGUGUACGGCAUCCCCGAGCGCGUGCCCCUGACGGAGGACUGCCCCCUGUCAGCCAUUAACCCCUACGGCCGCACCAAGCUCUUCCAGGAGGACAUGUUCAGGUGGGGAUGGGACGUGGCCGUGGCGGACAAAGACGUGCGCAUCCUGCUGCUGCGCUAUUUCAACCCCGUCGGCGCGCACCCCAGCGGCGAAAUCGGCGAGCACCCCGUCGGCAUCCCCAACAACCUCAUGCCCUACGUGAUGCAGGCGCGCCACUCCCCCAGCGGCUGCAGCACCCGUGGGCGCAGCACUGGGGGGUUUGGUCUGCGCGCGAGUGCGGCCGCAUCGUGGGCGGCAGUGGCCCUGGGGCAGCGCGAGUUCCUGCGGGUGUUCGGCUCCGAUUACGACACCCCUGAUGGCACCGCCAUCCGCGACUACAUCUCGGUCAUGGACCUGGCCGCCGGCCACGUGGCGGCGCUCAACAAGAUCAUCAACACCCCAGGCUUUGGCUGCCAGGCCGUCAACCUCGGCACCGGCAAGGGCACCACCGUCCUGGAGAUGGUGGCGUCGUUCGAGAAGGCCUCUGGCGCCAAGGUGCCCUACAAGCUGGUGGACCGCCGCCCCGGCGACGCGGGCGCUGUGUGGGCCGGCACCGACCUGGCAGAGGAGAUGCUGGGCUGGAAGGCCACGCGCAACCUGGAUGACAUGUGCGCGUCCCUCUGGAAGUGGGCCACGCAGUACCCCCAGGGCUACGAGACCCCAGAGCCGGCGGCCGCCAAGUGA